AUGUCAUUGUUUGACCAGGCACAUGCACUCCUCAAUAUCAAUAUGGUGAAUAUCACCAAACUCAACUCUACCAAUUACCUCACAUGGAGCGUCCAAGUUCAUGCCCUCUUGGAUGGCUAUGAUCUUGAUGGACAUCUCGAUGGCUCCACUCUCUCACCUUCUCAAACAAUCACAAUCGCAGGCACCUCAACGCCGAAUCCUGCAUACACAAAGUGGAAGAGACAAGACAAACUGAUUUUCAGUGCACUCCUUGGUACACUUACACCAUCGAUCCAAACCGUAGUCACCAAAUCAACCUUGUUCAAAGAGAUGUGGAAGACCAUUGCUGCCACAUAUGCCAAACCUAGUCGAGGACACAUUCAACAGCUCAAACAUCAACUCAGGCAACAUACAAAAGGAGAUAAAUCGAUUGAUGAGUACAUUCAGGGGUUAAUGACACGAUUUGAUCAACUUGCACUUCUUGGGAAACCAGUUGAGCAUGAAGAUCAAAUUGAGUACAUCCUUGAAGGCCUCCCUGAAGAUUAUAAGCCAGUAGAGGAAUAA